GCCAAAGCCACGCCCCCUUUAAGGCAGACGAGCAGGCGAGGCGAAGGAGGAGGAGAGGCGGCGCCCUCUUGGUGACCCGAGUCGGACACGCGAUGCACGUGUGAAUGAGGACUUGCGUGUCACAGGCUUUUUUCACCUCCCCUAGGUGGAUUUCUGGGAUGUUAAGUCAUAUAAUGCAAAUCAAGGCUGGUUAUUGAAAGCUUUGGUUCCAAAAAAAGAGGCCUUGGGUUUGGAGUCUUCGUUUUCGAAAACAGGAGGAAGCUGAGCUGAGUGCAAUGGCCGUUUCCCUUCAGUAAAAAGCAUAACACUAUGGGCGGCGGAGGCAAAGGGAAGGGCAAGGGCAAGCGGAAGGGCAAAGGCAAGGGCAAGAAGGGCAAGAAGGGCGCGGUCGAGGUGGACAUCCUGAGCCCGGCGGCCAUGCUCAACCUCUACUACAUUGCCCACAACGCGGCCGCCGGCCUCGAGUUCCGCGGCUUCCCCUGGCCGGGCUCUCCCAAGAGGAAGAAGGGCAAGAAGCGCAAGUAGCGGGUAAGAAGCCGGGAUGAAGAAGAGGAAGAAGACGACUUUGGGUGCGAGACAAACAAACACAAACAAACAACCUCAGAUUUCUCACUUUGCCAAAAAAUCAACUUGGGGGAGAAGACAGUGUUGUUGGGGAAGUAAAAGAUUUGCACCCGAGAGAAAGGC